AUGUCAGGGGGCAUGCUGGGAGGCCUCCUGGGCCACGGCAUCGACCUUGGUCGUCUGGUCAAGACGGACGGAACCGACCUUUUCUCGGGAUACGCCAACGCGGCGCGUGACCGUCUGCCUAAACUCGCCGACUCCGUUGCGGACGCCUUCGGCCGUGUGUUGGACAUUUUCGACCGUCCCGUCAACCUGCGCAAGCCCGAGUUCGACACGGCCGCGCCGAAGCCCUCCCAACAGGCCGACCUCGCCGAUGCGCAUCGCGACUACGACGUGGAGAUCAAGGAGGUGUCCAAACCCCGGAUAAACGAGACUCUGCACGUGGACUACCUGGCUGACGUAACUAGAGCACAGUUCAAGGCGACGCAGGGCGCCAAGGCAUGCAGCGACGGCGACGAUGCCGCGCCCCGUGCCGACAGGAAGCGCCCGGUCGCCUCCGCUUCACCGUGUGACGCCGAGGCACGCCUCUGCUCGUCGUGCUACCUGUCUCUGGCGACGGUGCGCUGCGACUCGUGCGUGAUGCAUUUGUGUGCCGUCUGCGCCGUGGAGCGCCACGCCGAGGGGCUCCAGCGGAGCCACAAGCUGGUCACUGCUACUUCCGGCAAAGAGGCGCGCCUCAACGCGUCCGACGCGCUAUCGGGCCAGCUGUCGUACGGCCAUUUGGCUGCGGGCGCUUCUGGCAGUCUCGCGGGCAACUUUUCUAAGGACCUGAGCAUCAACAUUCGCCCGGGCGAAUCCGCGUACCCGACCUACGACUCGUGCGCCGUUCAUCGCGGCCUGCCGCUGAGGCUCGCGUGCGUGCAGUGCCACCUGCUGCCGCUAUGCGAAACAUGCGCGAGUGAGGCCCACUCCGACGGCGCCCACAGGGUCGUCGAGAUCGAGGCUGCCGUUGCCGAGGUGAAGGAGCUUUUGGGCGAGUGCCUCAGCGCGGUGGUCCGUCGGCACAACGACCUGUCGGUCGUGCUGCCGGAAUUGCAGCAGCUAUCGGACGCGUCCAGUGCGGGGCUGAAGAAUACGACGCGGUCCAUUCGCAGCGGCGUGGAGCGCACGCUGGACGCGCUGAAGCUGAAGCGGUCGCUCGGCUCGCAGGACAUCCGUAACAUGCAGCAGGUGGGCUCGUCCGCGCUCAAUCGCAUGAUGCACGCCAGCGGGGUCCUCAACCGGUACCUCCGCGGCUGUGUGUCGCAGCUGGAGGCCAUCAACCGCGUGCAAAACCCAGGCAUGGCACUCAACAUGUACGUGGAGCUCCGCUCCAACUUCGAGAAGCUGCUGUUCACCGACGAGGAGAUCCCCGACCUCGUGCUGGAAGUGCCGCACUGGCAGCUCCACUGCGGCAACCUGCCCACCCUGCUGUCGGACUACGAGGCCAGGAUAAACACUAACAUCGCCCAGAUCGCCUCGCUGACUUUCACGCUACGCAAACAGGUGCGUGAGACGGUGAAGAAAAUCGAGGCAGCGUCGACCGGCACCGCCAGCGCCACGUCUCAGCCGCAACAGCCGGCGCGUCCUCCGCGCCGCCAUGCCGAACGUCGCACCCGCACCCCAGGCUUCACGACCCUGCCGGACGGCAGCCCGAACACGCUCGACAUAGUGACACACGCCGAGCUGAAGGCGUUGUUCCUUCGUCGUGACUCGCAACGGUGCUCUUGGCGUCAGCGCGCCGUGUACCUCUGUGGGCGCAGGUUGUUCGUGUUGGAGAGCGACCUGUUCGCUGACGACGUGCCGGUGGAGUCUAGCAUCGACCUCGCUGCGGUCACGAUCCGCAGCUUCGCGGACGCCGCCGCCAUGGACAUCACCAAGCUGCAGCGCAUGGGGCACCCCAACGGCUUCGAGAUCACGGAGCGGAAGGGGCGCUCGCUGCGGUACUGGCUUUUCACGUGCGAGUCGGAGAAGACUGUGCAGUUGUGGUUCACUCGUAUCAUGCAGCUGUCCAACUACUUCAAGGCCGAGCUGCAGUCUGAAGCUUCGAGCAACACCGACGUGGAGAGUGUCGACCCGGCGUCGGAGGACGUGGCGCCCGUUUCCGCCACCCUGCAGAACCUGCACUUUGCGAACUUCAACGCUCCGACCAGCGGCGCAGCUGCUGACCCCAAGGGCGAGCACGAGACGUGCGAAAAGGCGCACGACCCCGACUACUUCUACGACGAUAGCAACUUCAAGCUGGUCGCGGAGUCGCUCCGGAAGAUCAAGAACGAAUCCAGGUCAUUGUAUGACAAGUGCUUCAAGGAGGAGCGCGAGGCCAAGGCGGCGACGUGGAAGGUACAGCCCGUGAGCAACCAUGCCGCCUCCCUCCCGCACAGCUUGUCGGCGAGCGUGGCGGACGGGCUCUCCGUCGACAGCGGCUCGUCCAGGAGCUCGCUGAUAGCGGCAGAUGGCUCGUCUUCAGGACGCUACGCGAUGCCCGAGUUGCCGACGCGGCGCCAGGUGAGCCGUGCUGCUCAGACCAACGUCUUUUCGGGCCGGGACGUGCAACUGCACGAGGCGGUGCCGGCGUUCAGGCGCUCCCCGGAGGUCAAAUCGCCCCGCAGCAUACACAAGUUCUUUCAGGAUCUCGCGCGGCGCCUGCGCCGCGAGGAAGGCUGCGACAUCCUCGACCGCCAUUGA